AUGUAUCCAACAGCAGCACCGCACAGCCAUCUGCCACAGCAGCAGCCGAGGCACCAGAAUCAGCACCAACAUGUGCACCAGGGCCCCAUGUCGAUGAUAGCACAGCAGCCCUCGUACCUGUACCAUCAUCAUCCGACGCCACCAUACCAUAGCCAGGCAGAGGUAUAUCCAACCUACGCCAAGGGCCCGCAAUCGCAACAGCAAUACCGACAGGAGCAAGAACAGCAACAGCCGCAUCCAUCCCAUCCCAAGUAUCUCGCCACCCCUUCCAGCGCCUUCCAUCAACCCUCUUCCACCUCCCGCUCCCGUCCUGCACCACCACAUCGCCAGCAGCAGCCAGAACAGCACUACCAGCACCAGCAGCAACCACAGCAUCUGCAGUCUGUCGCCCCCUUGGCCAUCAACACCAAAAUCCUCGCUCCUGUCUCAUCCUCGGCGCAGUCUUCUCCAUCAAGCAGAAAGCAGCAGCAGCACCAGUCGGUCGCCCAGCUCGCUGAGUUUGCGGCCCACAUGGUAUGCUAUAUGCUCUACGGUCAUCAGUCCACGAGGAGACUGAGCCACAACCUCUGUGUGGGAACACCUCCCUCGUCCAUGCCAUCCUCGCCCCAUCCAGGCGACAACUCGCCGCCUUGUCCAUGCGAGGUCUGCAGCCGUAUGACUCCAUACUCAACAGCCCCAUCAACGCCUCUCCCGUCCUCGGCACAUUCUCGAGCACACCAGCAUCAGCGCCUGUCAAGUCGGCCGACCCAUCGGAGGAUUAUGUCCGAGUCGGAUAUUGUCCAGCCAAAGCCCGUGUUUCGUAAAUUUUGUCUUGAUGUCUUGAGUGCCACUCUUCUUUCCCCAAGCGUUGUUCUGCUGUCGCUCAAGUACAUCCAGCAAUUGAUGAUCAAUCUCAAAGAGUCCAACAAGAUCGUCAACACAGGCGAGGGCGCCGAGUAUCGUUUCUUCACUGGUGCACUGAUUCUCGCCAACAAGUUCUUGGACGACAACACCUUCACCAACAAGACUUGGGCGGAUAUCACAGGCAUGAAAAUCAAGGACGUGAACCACCUCGAGAUGCAGUUUUUGAAUGGUAUUGACUUUCGACUCUUCACCAGCUCGGAUCACUACUCGGAAUGGCUCGCAAAUCUGACCCAGUUUACCAGCAACUACAUGCCGUCGCAGCAUCAGGUGGCUUUCCAACAGCAGGUGGCUGCAGCCCAGUCCCCAAUCUCACCAAUGGACUACACCAGCACUCCAGUGGAGCCAAACUUUGGACUAAUGAGACAGCAUGGAUCAGCAUUGGUCGGCAGCCAGGGAUCCCAGACGACUGCUCCAGUUGCACUCUCAAUGGCUUCGAUUUCUCAUUACAUCGAUUCGGUAAAGCAGAUCCACCAAAAGACAGCCUCCACUAUGCGCUACCAGCGAGUCCCCGCUUCCACGAUGUACAGCCAGCAGAGUCAAGCACUGGUCACAUUAGCAGCACAUCCCUCUCAGUCCCAGUACAUGAACCUGCCUGCUUCAUCCAAAGUGCAGCAGGCGUCUGCAACUGGAGUAUACCAAGGACCAACUGCGAACUGCAACUCCUCACCAAUUCCAAUGUCAUACACCUAUCAAUCAGGAGCCCCAGAAUCCGUGCAGCGUAAAAGAUCAGCCAAUGCCGCGUUUGAGGAUGCCAUGGACCGCUCGCCCUGCUACGAAUCUGACUCUUUGUCUCGCACAUCCCAAGUGCCCGCCAUGGUGCCAACACAUAAACGGUUCUCUUCGGCUUCGUCGGUGAGCGCAUUAAUGGGCAUUGGUGCUGGACAGGACAUGGUGCACGGAGGACCUUCACCUUUGAUCCAACAGCAGCGUAAUCACCCGCAAUCAACUUUCUCUCACCGCGCCAGUGUCGGAUCCCUGCCAACCUCAUUCAGAAGCCAGCAUCAACGCAGUGCAUCAGGAAGCUACUGCGUCGACAUGGCUGGAUACUCGUCUUCCUAUGGCCAGGAACCGACUCACCUCCCGAUGGCUAUGCCCAACACGUUCUCGCGAUCGGGGGUCGUACACCCAUUGGACAAGGAGCAGGACUAUUAUCGCCCAUCAUCCAGGAUGGACGUCUCAUACUCGGGCUCGCAUCCUAUGCACGUGAGGACUACAUCGUCGGCGGGAUGCACACAAGGCUACCGCCCUGUGACACCACCCCAGUGCUCCCCCAACAAGUGCGAACCAUCCUGUCAGUCGAUGAGAUGUGCCCCGAAUUCCAACAAUGGAUCAGCGUAUGAGGUUGACCCACGUCUGUGGGGCCCCCUGGACAGCCUUUCACUCUACGCUAUCACAACUCAGGCUGCUAAGCGUGUCGUGGCUCAGAGUAAAGCUCUGUCGGCCUCCGCAAAUGGACUUCACAUGUAUUACCCCACCACCUUGGCCUAA